AUGACUACAGCCAUGUUUUCAGUGAUUUUUUUGUUUUCACAGAUUGAUGCUGCAAACUCAGAUUGGGCUACAAAUGGUGCUGGCUUACACCAUUCUCAUCAGCAUGGAUUUGGUUUAAUUGAUGCAUCUGCAAUGGUGUCGGCAGCCACAGUUUGGGAGUCUGUUCCAUUCUCUACAUCAUUUACUUCAAACUUGAUGCAAGUGUACCUUACAAUGCCAGUCAAGAGACUUGGAGAAGUCACAGUCAAGUUGGAUGUUGACCAAAAUAUGAUCGAAGGAUAUGCCCUGCGUAGUUUGGAGUUUGUUCAGGUUCAUGUGACGAUAGAACAUGAGUAUAGAGGAAGUCUGAAAAUAAUUCUCAUAUGUCCGAGUGGAACCAGAUCCAUUCUUGCUACCCCAAGGGAUGCUGACAACUCCACCAAAGGCUUUAAAGACUGGGCCUUUGGUACUGUCCGUUGUUGGGGCGAAGAUCCUGUGGGUCGAUAUCAGCUGAAAGUCAUUCACACUCGUCAUCAGAGCCUGAAGGGUACCUUGGUGUCAUGGCAACUAGUACUUCAUGGUUCAUCCAUGACUCCAGAAGAGCUACAUAGAAGGAGAGGAACAGUGAAUCGAGCUAUUCGAGGGGAAAAUGUCCAUGUCAACAGAAGUCAUUUGUGCCAUCCACCAGAACUGCGAUUCAAGCAAUUUGAACCACUCCCAGACCGAUGGUUAAAGGCCUUUGUUAUUACUGGCAUCUUCUUUAUGUUCAUGGCUAUCUUAAACUCUGUUGAAUACAUCUUUUGCUAUAAUGAUGAAAAAGAAAAAUUCUACAAGAAACUCAAGGAUCUCGCCGACGGUCGAGCUAUGACACAGAGAAAUGCGACGUCCCGAAAAGCAGCCGCUUCAGAUCUUCGCUGCAGUAACAUGGAGGCUGGCGGAAGCCAAGCAGUAAUAUUUGAAAGGCAUCUACCUGCAUCACAAUCAAAUGAAGUCCUUCCAUUAAUGACGGUCGACCGGGUUGCCUCUCCGUCUUUAUCGUGUGAUGCCGACAUUUCUAGUCUGAAUGGCGAAAGUGAUGAUGAUGUACUAUCAUCACACUGCAAUAGUGAUAAUGUUAUACCAAAGGACACAGAUGUGACAGAUUUUACAAAUGAUGAGUACUUAUCUGAAGCUGAAGAUGACAGACAUAUUUCAGAACCUCCUGAAGUAGUUUGUGAUAAUCAGUAACUUUGUGGAGAUGAGAAAUACUCACGCAUUUUAUCCAAAACAUUAAUGCUCCCUUUUGUUAGCACAACCAAAUGAAACAUUAAUGCUCCUAUUUGUUAGCACAACCAAAUGCAGUUUUAAUCAACCAAGUGCAGUUUAAAAUUGAACCUUAUGUCAAAAAAAAAAAAUUUGUGUUGCUUAAAAUUGAAACUAGCUUUUAUAAAAACUAGCCCCUCAAUAGAAAUUAGUAUUGGUUAUUAGUUAGGAUAUUGUAUUCCAUCCACUUUCUAGUUCAGUACUACUUUUAGUUGUACUGUAAAUGUUUUUAUAGUG